GAGAAUAUAUAAAAAACUGGAGGCCACGCUAUUUCAUUUUGAAGACAGAUGGCUCAUUCAUAGGAUAUAAAGAGAAACCUCAAGACGUGGACCUGCCUUACCCCCUCAACAACUUCUCAGUGGCAAAAUGCCAGUUAAUGAAAACAGAACGACCAAAGCCAAACACAUUUAUUAUCAGAUGUCUCCAGUGGACCACUGUUAUAGAGAGAACAUUUCAUGUAGAUACUCCAGAGGAAAGGGAAGAAUGGACGGAAGCUAUUCAGGCCGUAGCAGACAGACUCCAGAGGCAAGAGGAGGAGAGGAUGAGUUGUUGCAGUCCAACCUCACAAAUUGAUAAUAUAGGGGAGGAGGAGAUGGAUGCUUCUGCAACCCAUCAUAAAAGAAAGACAAUGAAUGAUUUUGACUAUUUGAAACUACUAGGUAAAGGCACUUUUGGGAAAGUUAUUUUGGUUCGAGAGAAGGCAAGUGGGAAGUAUUAUGCUAUGAAGAUUCUGAAGAAAGAAGUUAUUAUUGCAAAGGAUGAAGUGGCUCACACCCUCACCGAGAGCCGGGUAUUGAAGAACACGAGGCAUCCCUUCUUGACAUCCUUGAAAUAUUCCUUCCAGACAAAAGACCGUUUGUGUUUUGUGAUGGAAUAUGUCAAUGGGGGCGAGCUGUUUUUCCAUUUGUCGAGAGAGCGGGUGUUCUCCGAGGACCGCACGCGCUUCUACGGCGCGGAGAUCGUCUCGGCCCUGGACUACCUGCACUCGGGGAAGAUCGUGUACCGGGACCUGAAGUUGGAGAAUUUGAUGCUGGAUAAAGAUGGCCACAUAAAAAUCACAGAUUUCGGACUUUGCAAAGAGGGGAUCACAGACACGGCCACCAUGAAGACCUUCUGUGGGACCCCGGAGUACCUGGCGCCAGAGGUGUUGGAGGACAACGACUACGGCCGGGCCGUGGACUGGUGGGGCCUGGGGGUCGUCAUGUAUGAGAUGAUGUGCGGCCGGCUGCCUUUCUACAACCAGGACCACGAGAAGCUGUUUGAACUGAUCCUGAUGGAAGACAUCAAAUUCCCUCGCACACUCUCUUCCGAUGCAAAAUCACUGCUUUCAGGGCUCUUGAUAAAGGAUCCAAAUAAACGCCUUGGCGGAGGACCAGAUGAUUCAAAAGAAAUUAUGAGACACAGUUUCUUCUCUGGAGUAAACUGGCAAGAUGUAUAUGAUAAAAAGCUUGUACCUCCUUUUAAGCCUCAAGUAACAUCUGAGACAGAUACCAGAUAUUUUGAUGAAGAAUUUACAGCUCAGACUAUUACAAUAACACCACCUGAAAAAUACGACGAGGAUGGCAUGGACAACGAGAGCCGGCCGCACUUCCCUCAGUUCUCCUACUCGGCGAGCGGCCGCGAGUAGGCCCUGUGCUGCUGCGUCGCUGUCGCCUGAGACUCACUCUGAGAACGGCUGCUGGACGUCGGACGGGCCCGGCUCCUCCUCACAGCAGGCGCCUCCAGACACCCCGACCGGCCCAGGCCUCACCCUCGCCACCUCCGCCCGCCCGCCUGAGAACACACAUAUACGCAAAUACACUCGACUUUUUGUUUUUUUUUGCAUGAAAUUGUA